AUGACACGUGAGGUCCGUGAUUCAGAUCGUGAUGCUGCCAGGGAGCCUUGUCCAGAUAGGAUCGUAGAGGAUCUUGGUGGGGCCUUUGGUAUGGGUUGUGUUGGUGGUUUCCUAUGGCAUUUUGUGAAAGGCGCUCGUAACUCCCCUCGAGGGGAACGAUUGCAUGGUGCAUUGUAUUCGGCCAAGACACGGGCACCGAUUCUAGGCAGUAGUUUUGCUGUUUGGGGUGGUACCUUUUCGGCAUUUGAUUGCAGUCUACAGUACAUCCGUCAGAGGGAUGAUCAUUGGAACGCUAUUGCGUCUGGAUUCCUCACUGGAGGUGGCUAA